AUGAAAAUAAUUUCUUUUUAGGGUCCUGAUGAAGAAGCUGUUGUGGAUCUUGGCAAAACCAGCUCAACUGUGAACACCAAGUUUGAAAAAGAAGAACUAGAAAGUCACCGAGCUGUAUAUAUUGGUGUUCACGUCCCAUUUAGUAAAGAGAGUCGUCGACGUCAUAAGCAUCGUGGACACAAGCAUCACCACCGGAGAAGAAAAGAUAAAGAAUCAGAUAAAGAAGAUGGACGGGAAUCUCCUUCUUAUGACACUCCAUCCCAGCGGGUCCAGUUCAUCCUCGGGACGGAGGAUGACGAUGAGGAGCACAUCCCGCAUGACCUCUUCACGGAGAUGGACGAGCUGUACUACAGAGAUGGCGAAGAGUACGAAUGGAAAGAAACUGCCAGAUGGCUGAAAUUUGAAGAGGAUGUUGAAGAUGGUGGUGACCGGUGGAGUAAACCCUAUGUGGCAACUCUCUCUUUGCACAGUCUUUUUGAACUAAGAAGUUGCAUCCUAAAUGGAACAGUCAUGCUGGAUAUGCGAGCAGGCACUCUAGAUGAAAUAGCAGAUAUGGUAUUGGACAACAUGAUAGCCUCUGGCCAGUUGGAUGAGUCCAUUAGAGAGAAUGUCAGAGAAGCCCUUCUGAAGAGACAUCAUCAUCAGAAUGAGAAAAGAUUCACCAGUCGGAUUCCCCUUGUGCGAUCUUUUGCAGAUAUAGGCAAGAAACAUUCUGACCCUCACUUGCUUGAAAGGAAUGGGGAAGGCCUUUCAGCCUCCCGCCACUCUUUGCGAACAGGCCUGUCUGCCUCAAACCUUUCACUGAGAGGAGAAUCACCUUUAUCUGUUCUUCUCAGUCAUCUUCUCCCUUCUGCGAGAGCUGGAACCCCUGCAGGCUCGAGGUGUACAACCCCAGUGCCCACCCCUCCAAACAGCCCUCCUUCUAGCCCUAGCAUCAGUCGCCUGACCUCCAGAAGUUCCCAACAGAGUCAGCUGCAGGUCCCAGAACUACUGGUUUCUCCUGCCAGUGAUGAUAUUCCCACAGUAGUAAUUCAUCCGCCAGAGGAAGACUUAGAAGCAUCGAAAGGCCAGGAGCAGAAGAAUGAGGAAAAUGUUGACAUAACUCCAGGUAUUUUGGCCUCUCCACAGUCUGCACCUGGAAACUUGGACACUAGUAAAAGUGCCGAGAUUAAAGGUAAUGGAGGUGGAGGAAGCAGAGAAAAUAGUACUGUUGACUUCAGCAAGGUUGAUAUGAAUUUCAUGAGGAAAAUUCCUUCGGGAGCUGAGGCAUCCAAUGUUCUGGUGGGAGAAGUAGACUUUUUGGAAAGACCGAUAAUCGCGUUUGUGAGACUGGCUCCCGCUGUUCUCCUCUCAGGGCUGACUGAAGUCCCUGUUCCGACCAGGUUUUUGUUUUUGUUACUGGGUCCAGCAGGCAAGGCACCACAGUACCAUGAAAUUGGAAGAUCAAUAGCAACUCUCAUGACAGAUGAGAUUUUUCAUGAUGUAGCUUAUAAAGCAAAAGACAGAAAUGACCUCUUAUCUGGAAUUGAUGAGUUUUUAGAUCAAGUAACUGUCCUACCUCCAGGAGAGUGGGAUCCUUCUAUACGCAUAGAGCCACCAAAAAGUGUUCCUUCUCAGGAAAAGAGAAAGAUUCCUGUAUUUCCCAAUGGAUCUGCCCCCAGCUCGGGUGAAACGCAUAAAGAGGCCGCUGACCAUGCUGGGCCUGAGCUACAGAGAACUGGACGGUGGAGUGCAAUAGAGUCUCUUUUUGGAGCAUCAUUAACUGGGAUUGCCUAUUCGUUGUUUGCUGGGCAACCUCUAACAAUAUUGGGGAGUACAGGUCCAGUUUUAGUGUUUGAAAAAAUUUUAUUUAAAUUCUGCAGAGAUUACCAGCUUUCCUAUUUGUCUUUAAGAACCAGUAUUGGUCUGUGGACUUCUUUCUUGUGCAUUGUUUUGGUUGCCACAGAUGCAAGCAGCCUUGUGUGUUAUAUUACUCGAUUUACAGAGGAGGCUUUUGCAGCUCUCAUUUGCAUCAUAUUCAUCUACGAGGCUUUGGAGAAGCUCUUUCAUUUAGGAGAAAUAUAUGAAUUUAAUAUGCACAACAAUUUAGAUGAACUGACCAGCUACUCAUGUGUAUGUAUGGAACCUCCUAACCCUAGCAACGAAACUCUGAAGGUGUGGACGGAAAAAAAUAUAACGGCACAUGAUAUUUCCUGGGGCAAUCUCACUGUCUCUGAAUGUAAAACCUUUCACGGUGAAUUUGUAGGAUCAGCUUGUGGUCAUCAUGGGCCUUAUAUUCCAGAUGUGCUCUUUUGGUGUGUUAUCUUGUUUUUCACAACAUUUUUUUUGUCCUCAUUCCUCAAACAAUUCAAGACCAAGCGCUAUUUUCCUACUAAGGUGCGAUCGACAAUCAGUGACUUUGCUAUAUUUCUCACAAUAGUAAUAAUGGUCCUAAUUGACUACCUUGUAGGAGUUCCUUCUCCUAAACUUCACGUUCCUGAAAAAUUCGAGCCUACUGAUCCAAAUAGGGGCUGGAUUAUAAACCCACUGGGAGAAAAUCCUUGGUGGACCUUAUUAAUAGCUGCUGUUCCGGCUCUGCUGUGCACCAUUCUCAUCUUUAUGGAUCAACAAAUUACAGCUGUAAUCAUAAACAGAAAAGAGCACAAAUUGAAGAAAGGAGCUGGCUAUCACCUUGACUUGUUCGUGGUCGGAGUUAUGUUGGGAGUGUGCUCUGUCAUGGGACUUCCAUGGUUUGUGGCUGCAACAGUGUUGUCGAUAAGUCACGUCAACAGCUUAAAACUUGAAUCUGAAUGUUCUGCUCCAGGGGAACAACCCAAGUUUUUGGGAAUUCGUGAACAGCGGGUCACGGGGCUAGUGAUUUUCAUUCUAAUGGGCCUGUCUGUGUUUAUGACGUCAGUACUAAAGUUUAUUCCAAUGCCUGUUCUCUAUGGUGUUUUCCUUUACAUGGGAGUUUCCUCAUUAAAAGGAAUCCAGUUUUUCGACCGUAUAAAAUUAUUUGGCAUGCCUGCUAAGCAUCAGCCCGACCUGAUAUACCUCCGCUACGUGCCUCUCUGGAAGGUCCACAUUUUCACGGUCAUUCAGCUUACCUGUCUGGUUCUUUUGUGGGUAAUCAAAGCUUCGGCUGCUGCCGUAGUUUUUCCCAUGAUGGUUCUUGCAUUAGUCUUUGUACGUAAGCUCAUGGAUCUGUGUUUCACAAAGAGAGAACUAAGUUGGCUUGAUGAUCUCAUGCCAGAAAGUAAGAAAAAGAAGGAAGACGACAAAAAGAAAAAAGAGAAAGAGGAGGCUGAACGGAUGCUUCAAGCUGACGAUGACACUGUGCACCUUCCGUUUGAAGGGGGAAGUCUCUUGCAGAUUCCGGUUAAGGCCCUAAAAUAUAGUGUUGAUCCCUCAGUUGUUAACAUAUCAGAUGAAAUGGCCAAAACUGCACAGUGGAAGGCACUUUCCAUGAAUACUGAGAAUGCCAAAGUAACCAGAUCUAACACGAGCCCUGAAAAACCUGUGAGUGUGAAAAUAAAUAUUGAAGAUGAACCAACAAAGAAAUACAUGGAUGCUGAAACUUCGUUAUAGAAUUGAACCAAGAGGAAUUAUAUAUAUAUAUAGAUAUACAGAUACAUAUAUAUAUAUAAUGUGUGUAUUUCAUGUCACUAUAACAAUAUUGUAUGUCAUGCUAUUUAUGCGUGACCACUUGGUUUUUAAAAGUGGUGUCUGAAGUUUGUUAGGGGUGCCAUGGAGACUGUGUAUAUAAAGAAAUAGUCUUUUAGAAGUGAGGUAUAUGGUUCUUACAAUUCAAAUAUUUAUUGUGAUGAAAAAAAUUGUUCUGUUCAAUAGAAAGAUGUGGGGAAAUGCAUUCAAUGUACAUUUAUUUAAAUUUGUUUAUCAGUGACAAUUCAUACCAAUCUUAAGUGAUGUGUACUUUGUCCAUAUAUUUCUAAUUUUAACUUGAGUUACACACAUUAUUUCACUUGUGUUAGUGCUUUAUGGGAAGAACAGGGGAUCGUAUGCCAGUGCUGUGGGACAGAAUAUGAACAUGUCAUGGCUUCUCUUUGUGUGUUUCAUUUAUAUAGAUGCCCAUCAUGUUUCACAAGCGAUGGAAUUUUUUCGCUAUAGAGGUAGAACAAUGGAAACUUUCUAGAUAAGAACUUUAGUUUUGACCCUUUUUUAAAAAUUUUAUUUUAAAUCUUUAAGACCUCCAUAGCUAGGUUUCAUUCAGAUAAGUAAAAUUGCAGAUGAUUUAUAAUUUAACUCCCAUCCCAGUCAUACAUUUAUGAAUUUUAGAAACUAUAAAAUGCUAGUUACAGUAGUUAAAUUUUGUUGCCUUUGUAGAAAUUUUUUUCUGAUUUCUAAUACUUUAUUAGAGCCCAGAAUGCUCACUCUAUUCUCUGCCUUUGCUGUCUUUUACUUAAGUGUUGUUUAGUUUGUAUCAGGUUCAAGGUUUUGAUUAUUUUUCUAUUAUAAGUAGUACGAUGAAAUAAUCAGGAGUCAGAAUUCUCUUAAAUGGGUUUAUGAUCAGUAUUACUUUAUUCUAGUAGGAUUUACCUUUCAUUUUCUGUUUACAUUGUUCUUUCUAUUGUAUAGAUAAUAUUUAAUAGAUUGUUAUAUGUGAUUUCAUUUUUAAAUAUUUUAUUUAUUUUAAUUGAUAUGAUGCUUAUGUAUUAUAUACAAACAUUUGAAAAGGUAACAAAUAUAGAGUAAAUUGUUAAUGUAAAUAGUUGGUGCUGAUUGCAUUUACAGUUUCUUAUCUGAAAGCAGUUGACAGAUUUUACAUCUUUAUAUAAAGCACUGCCAUAUUUGUAUUUUAAAAGGAAUUUGGAAAUUUUAUGUAUAGCUCAGAUUGAUGGCAUUCUUUCUGUUUUGUGUUAGUAUUUGUUACUUAAUUUUUGAUCUUCUGAGCUGUCUUUUAACUUCUAGCAAAUCUUUUUAGUCAUCUUUUUUCUACUCUUAGCUCCACAUGAAAUAAAUAAAUGUUCUUGUUAAGCCUGUAGGACUGGAUGAAUGGGGUUGUGAAACUAAUUUGGCAAGAGGAUAGUUUAAUGACAGCUAAAUGAAUAUUGAGAAGCCCCAGAAAUAUUUAAAAUAGUGACAUGAACAGUAGGAUGAAAAUAUUAGUGAAAUUACAAUGCUCCCUUUAAUCAUUUCUAAUUAAAGUACAAAAGUAUGAAGAAUGAUCUUAUAUAGAGGAUCAUGAGAAAUGCCCAAAACUGAUAUUUUAGCAAUUCGGAAUGCUUUUAAAAUUUAUUCUAAAAUACUUAAUAACUAAUGUAAUUUACCCGCCUGAGACUGUAUUAUCAGAUCUAGUUAAAAUAACAGAUUUAGCUUAUGCCUCAGAUGGGAGGUUGCAAAUGUAGCCACUUUUAAGUAGAAAAUAUAGCUGGCAUCAUUUGGUACUGCCUAAAAAAGAGUUCUACUCUAUUGACAGUUGAUAAUAGAGUAUUUAUUACCCACGGUGCUUGUUAUUGUUCUUGCGCUUCCAUUGAAGUGAUUCCUUUUUGUUCAUAGCAGCAUCAUCAUUUCCAAAGACCCCCAGUAUUUGCUGCUGUAUUUUGUAAACUCCCCUGAUGUACAUGAAUAGGAGAAUUUCCUCACAUAAUUUCCUUAUGUCUGGACAUCAUAGGGUUAACAAAUGUGCGUUAUUUUAUAAGAUGUAAUUUUAAAAUUUAAACUGAAAACUACCUGGGAUCAUAGUGUUUCUGUGAUUUUAUUUAAUUAUGUAUAGUGAUUGUCCAGUGCCAGAAAAACCAUGACUUGCAAAAUACUUUGCACUCAAAAUAUUUUUAGUAUGUUUCAAAUUUGAUAAUGGUUUCUGCUUUCUUUUGACUACUUGACUUAUAAAAUGAUUUGAUAUGACUACUCCAUUGAAGAGCAAAGGUAACUCAAGUUUAAGUAAUUAACUGCUUGUUUUAUAUGGUUAUAUUAUUCCACUAUUUUUGAAAAAUAACAAUCAUGGAUAGCAUUCAUUGCCAGAGAGUGAAAAAUAUAAUUUACUACAUAUAUUGAUUCUUAAAUGUUGCCUUAAAUAGGUGGAAAUGAGCAGUAGUAAUUGCUAUGUACUGAUUUACCUCAAGGUGCAAAAUAAUUCAACCUGUACAUAUUCCAUUUACGAAAUAAGUUCACAGACACAGCUCUGCACUUUCUUAGAUGCCUUGGUUUCCAGGAUGGAGCUUAGUGCUACUGAAUACCCUGGCCCCAGAGCCACCUCAGGAUAUUCUUCUCUCCACCCUAUUUUAUUUAUUUAUAGACACUGCUUACAAAGACUAUAAUGAAUCCUGAUGCUGACCAUCUGAAAUUUCCUUUUUUUGAAUGCUGCUUCAUUCUAAAAUAGCAGCUUUUGAGAAAACAGUGAACUAAUUUCAUUAUGACAAAAGGAUGAUUCUGUAUAUUCUCUAAUAAUAUUAGGUAUGCCGAGUGAAGCACACAAUCUUUCUAAUGGUGUUUGUGUGCGUGUGUGUGUGUGUGUGUGCGUGCGUGUGUGUGUGUGUGUGUGUGUAAGUGGUUUAUCAAAUCUUAAAUCUCUCAAGUUGUUUAACAAAGCUGUGGCGUUUCAACGUUCACAUUUGCCAAGUCUUCUGUAAAACAUGUAGGACAAAUUUUUUUAAUGUCCUAAUGUGUGUAUUUAUAAAGCAGAUUUCUUUACCACUCAAGAUUAAUUUUUGUUUUUUUCAUCCAAAAACAUUUCUUCUUUUUUCUUCACAUACUUAAAAUUUAUUGUAUGUAUAUAAUAGCUUUCUUUUUCCUUUUACAAAGACAGGUUCAAAAUUCUGUACAAAGAGAAAAUGGUUUCUGAAACUGAGGUAUGACAUCAGAGCUUGCUGUCUUGUCAGGAUUAUAUCAUGUACAUCAGUUCUGUGAAUGUGCUCAAGAAUUUUACAUGUGAAUCCUGUUUUAAAGUGCUCAGAUUUCAGAUACGUCAGCCAUUGAUACAACAUUUUAAUUAAAAGUUUAAUUUAAUGUUUUAAAUUUAUUUAUGUAGAUCACAUUGUUGUUAUAUGCAGUACAAAUAUGUGAAAUGUCUUUUGGUUUAGUCCGACAAUUAUUUAUUUUUUAGAAAGUAAACUUAAAGACUUUAAGGACAUUCAAAAUUUAAAAUAGUGUUCAGAUGAAAAAUUUGGCAAUUUAAUGUAAAGUUGAUUGUUUUUUAACUUUUCAAAAAUAUAAGUAUCAAUAGGAAAACAUAUUUGGAAAUGGAAUCAUCUAGAGAUCAUUUUAAAAAUUUAAUUUAUCAGCACAUAUUGACUUCUAUAGUUGACUUAGAAUAAUUGUUGAACCCCAGUUGUUUUUUAAAUCAUAUUUUUGUGCAUUGGUUGGUUUUUGUGUUUUGGCUUUUCUUUUGUUGCUUUAAUAUUGAAAGUUUUUGUUUUGUUUUGAUUUUUUCUGUAGAGGGGGUUAUCUUCCAAUGUUUACUAUGUUUAAAUAAGUAGAAAUUGAAUUUUAUUGUUCAUUUAUGUAAUAUUUGAUAGCUUGGUAUAAUUUCACAGUACAGUUCUAAUUUUUAUGACUUUUAUAAUUACAGUGAUAUUUUCUUUUGUAAUAAAAUCCAAAGUAAAUUAAACAUUUAAAACGUAGAACUGAUAUUUUUCAUUUAUAUGAAGUACAAGUCUCUACCAAGUCUAAUGUGAAUGACCCUGCCUUUUAAAUUUGUUUUAUAAUUGUUAGAAGAAAACUAUUUUUUGGAGAUGUUAUUGAAGUUGAAAGAGCAAUAAAAGUCUACUGAAUUAGU